CCCACUGCAGGGAGUUUUGCUAACAGCCUGCUCUCAGAAAUCAAACUCAAGCGCCAGGGACUCUUAAGAUCAAAGGCACACCAUGCUGCUUCUGAGGAAGACCAGGAAUUGCUGACAUUACCACCCAAGGAUUCUUGUGGCUCUUAUAAUUAUCCAAGAGAAUGGAUAAGCUUAAUAAAAUAACUGUCCCCGCCAGUCAGAAGUUGAGACAGCUUCAAAAGAUGGUCCAUGAUAUUAAGAACAAUGAAGGUGGAAUCAUGAACAAAAUUAAAAAGUUAAAAUCUAAAGCACCUCCAAGUGUUCCUCAGAGGGAUUAUGCCUCAGAGAACCCUGCUGAUGAAGAGGAUCAGUGGUCAGAUGACUUUGACAGCGAUUAUGAAAACCCCGAUGAACACUCAGACUCGGAGAUGUAUGUGCUGCCAGCCGAGGAGCCCGGAGAUGACAGCUACGAGCCGCCACCAGCAGAGCAGGAGACACGAGCUGUUCACCCUGCCCUGCCCUUUCCCAGAGGAGAGUAUGUAGACAACCGAUCAAGCCAGAGGCAGUCUCCACCUUUCAGUAAGUCACUGCCCAGUAAGCCCAGCUGGCCUUCAGCAAAAACAAGACUGCCCGCCACACUGCCGGUGCCAAUAGCUCUGCAGAAACCCAAAGUCCCACCCAAACCUAGAGACCUCCUUGACAAUGAGGCUGAUUAUGUAGUCCCUGUGGAAGAUGAAGAUGAAAACUAUAUUCACCCCACAGAAACCACUUCACUCCCAUCUGAAAAAGCUCCCACAGUGAACCGAUCAACCAAGCCAGGUAAUUCUGCAAAGCCAGCCUCUCCUCCAGCAGCAGCUUCAGGUCGAAACAGCGGAGCCUGGGACUCAAGAUCAUCCUCUUCACCUGUGGUGCCAUGUCCUUUGCCUAGGAUUGGGAAAAAGCCAGCUGUCCCCUUGAAGACAGUUACCUCUCAACAGAAUGCAUCAAGUAUCUGUGAAGAAAAACCUAUACCUGCCGAACGCCACAGAGGGUCCAGUCACAGACAAGAUGCUGUACCGUCACCAGUAUUUCCUCCUUCCCAGAAGCACAUCCCUCAAAAACCCAUCCCUCUGCCAAGAUUUUCAGAAGGGGGAAGCCCAACAGUGGAUGGCCCAUUACCAAGUUUCUUGCCUAAUUUUACUUUGUCAGAACAGGAAGCAGAUGUUCACUGUAAACCCUGGUAUGCUGGUGCCUGUGACAGAAAGUCUGCUGAAGAAGCAUUACACAAAUCCAACAAGGAUGGAUCAUUUCUUAUUAGGAAAAGCUCUGGCCAUGAUUCCAAACAGCCAUAUACACUAGUUGUAUUCUUUAAUAAGCGAGUAUAUAAUAUCCCUGUGAGAUUUAUUGAAGCAACCAAACAGUAUGCUUUGGGCAGAAAGAAAAAUGGUGAAGAGUACUUCGGAAGUGUUGCUGAAAUUAUCAAGAAUCACCAACACAGUCCUUUGGUUCUUAUUGACAGUCAAAAUAACACCAAGGAUUCUACAAGACUGAAAUAUGCAGUUAAAGUUUCAUAAUUUUUAAGUCAACAUCACCACUGCAGACUUUUGCACCAAGUUAAUACAUUUGAGGAAAUAGUUCAAAACUUCAUAUUUUGGAUUAUGGAUCAUCUAGUAAUAAAACAGAA